AUGUCUCUCUACGAUCGCAGCGCACUAGAUCCGCCGCAGUUGGCGGCGGAUUCCUCGCAGGCCGACACGAGCAGCGAUGCUCCCAGCAGCGACUCUCGCAGCGCCUCGUUCGACACCCCCGAGGCCCGACGGGUCGACGAGAUUGCGGAGCUGGCGAGCCGCAUUGCAGCGAGUGGCGAUGCGGAGACAUCCGUCCCUUCCGCUCCAAGGGGGGAUACGGGCGACGCGCGUAACGGUUCGCCAUCUAGUGACCGUGCGACAGGAGAGAAUGCUCCGGCGAACGAUCAACAGAGACCAACGAGGCGACGGGGAGGUUGGCUCGCAGCCGUCGCAGGGGUGCUCGUGCGCUCCCCGCUCGGGGCUCUCUGUCGCACCCUGGGUCGCUCGGUCCGUCGCACAGUCGCCCGCGAUGGCGCUUUGAGCGUCGCCCUGAGUCGAUCCGUCGGCGGGGCCUUGAGAUUGUCGCACGCGGUGACGUGGUUCGCGGUGCGAGUAGUGGCGGUUAAAUUGCUACGGAAGCCUGUACGCGCUAUAGGCCCGCCGCUACUGUGGCCCGCGCUGCACGUAGUGGCAAUAAUGCACCUGGAGGCGCGACUCAGUGGGGGGAAGGGUGGCGGAAGGGCAGGGGGAGGGGGAACGGUAGGGGGAGAGUUGGUGGCGGGAAGGGGAGCGGGGGGAGAAGAGGAGGCGGAAACGUUGCUGAGGGAAAUCGGGGGACCGUUGGAGAUGGUUGGUCGUGUUGUGACGGUGACACGUGGCGGGACGUGGAUGAUCAUGGAGGUAAGCGGUGCGAAGUGUGUGAGCCUGGGUUGCUUGCAAGGGCAUGGGGUGGGAAAAAGGGAGAAGUGCGGUAGGAGGAAGGGAUUUGGGAUUGCAUGUGGAACGCUGGGAUACGAUGUGGGGAUGAAGCGACGUAACGAGGAAUGCAGGAGGAUUGGAACAGCGUUACUGUUGCUCGCAUGUCUGCUGCUCCCUCCCAAUCUCAUCCCCCCUCCUUUCUCCCUCCCUCCCUCCCUGCGUCCUGCCACCGCACAGACGUUCGCCGCGCCUCUCCUCGUCUCCACGCUUUCCGCCCUCCUGCCCUUCCUCCUCCCGGCCCGCCCCUCCUCCCGCGCGCCCCCCAAGGAUCCUCCGCACAUGCUCCCACCCCCGGUCGAGCCACGCCCUUCCCUCUCAGCAGCACGCGCAGCAGCGCGCGCAUCAGCGCGAGCAGCGGCGGCAGCAGCGGUAGCGGCAUCACCAGAAGGGGCUGGAUCAGUGGCAGGGGCUUCGUCAGUGUCAGACUACUCACUCGACGGCUCUCCUGCUGCGUCUGACACGGCAUCAUCAGCAUCCCCUCCCUCCUCUCGCCCUUCCACUCCUCCUCCCCGUGCUGCUGUCCUUCCCGCCCUCCCUUCCCCGCCCUCGCCCGUGCUCUCUCCUGCUGACCAAGUUCUGAUCCAAGACGUGCGAUCGGCGCUCGAAGAUGCUGACGUGGACACGCAGGAUUGCCGUGCUUGCUCAACCUGUGUUGCCUUUUCCCCCUCCCCAUGCACUCACCCGCCAACCCCUCCAACUCCCGUUCCUUCAUGCUCCCCCUUCCCGCACCCUCCCUCAUGCCCCGCCCUCACUUCUGCGCCCUCUCCUCCACAUGCUCUUCUUCCGUACCCUUUCCCCCGCACCCCCCCCUCCCACACCCUCCCCCGCGCCCUCUCCCCCCUCCUUCCCCCCGGCAGGCUGACAGACGACACAGUGCUGCGCUAUGCAGUGCCAGGCAAGCGCCACGUGGCAACAAUGGUGAACCGCAUCCGCGCCACUGCCACGUGGCGCCGCUCCUUCCGCCUCCUCGCACCUGCCGAGGUGCUCUGCUCCCCCUGGCGCCCCUUCGGCUACUGGCACGGCGCGGACGUGGACGGCAGGCCUUGUCUUGUUCUGCAUCUGGGACGGGCGGCUAGGGCCAUUCCGUCUGCCUCGCAUGCCGACUUUGUCUGCUAUCUUGGUGAGCCGCCCUUCCCCUCUUCACGCCCCUCCUGCCUUCAUGCCCUUCCCUUCCCUCGCUCGCCUCCUCCCAGCCCCAGCCACAACCCCAGACAGUCCCCUAUUAUUGCAUCCUCCAUCCCUUCCCCCGGCUCCUCCACCAUCCCGAGUGGGCGCCGUGGCAGCAGCGCUCACCCUCUCAUCCCUCGACCGCGGGCGCAUCUUUGUCAUCACAAUAAUCAAACUUCGUACCCCCUCCCUGCCCCUCUCCCUGUUCCCCCUCCUCCCACAUUUCUCUCAGCGUCCCUAGUGAGCGCAGUAGCAGCAGCGCUCACCCUGGCAUGCCCUGACAGCGGGCGCAUCGCCGUCAUCCUGGACUGCCAGGGCGCGCCUGCCCUGUGGCACCUGCCCGUGGGGCUGCUGCACGCCACCAUCACCGCUCUGCACCGCAACUUCCCGCACCGCAUGGCGCGCCUGCACGUGCUGCACCUGCCGCCCGCUCUGCGCCUCCUGGCUCGCGCCAUGCUGCAGGUGAGGGGGUGGAGGGGUGCUGUGGGUGGGGAGAGGGGUAAUGCAAAUGGGGGGUCCUGCAGUUGGGCUGGCCCGCUGUUCUCCCAUUCAGCCCACGUGCUCUCUCUCAUCUCUCCCCCCCUUUUUGUGCGCGUUCCCUCUUGCUCCCCUCCCACCUCUCCCCACAUCACCUCCAGCUGCUGA